AUGGAAUCAACUGGAUCAUUGAAGUUGGAUGUCUUUACAUACAGCACUAUGAUUAAGGUAUUUGCAGAUGCAAGAAUGUGGGAGAUGGCACUGGGAAUGAAACAAAAAAUGCUUGAAGCGGGUGUGACUCCAAAUGCAGUUACAUGGUCAUCAUUAAUCAGUGCAUGUGCAAAAGCAGGUCUAGUGGAUGAAGCAUUUGUAUUAUUUGAAGAAAUGAUCGUGUCCAAUUGCAUGCCAAAUUCACAAUGCUUCAAUGUCCUGUUAUACGCAUGUGUGAAGGCUUUCCAGUAUGACAGAGCCUUCCGUUUAUUUGAGUCGUGGAAAAAGAACGAAUAUGGAAGCAUCACAAACAGACAAAAUCUGUCACAAGGGAGUUUGGAAGUUUCCAUGAAGGUUCCUUUUAGACCCACCACUUCUACUUAUAAUGUGCUCAUGAAAGCUUGUGGCACUGAUGACUUUCGUGCAAGAGGUUUAAUGGAUGAGAUGAGGACAGCUGGCAUUUUCCCUAAUCAUAUAACUUGGUCCACUUUGAUUGGUGUUUAUGGAGGUUCCGGGGAUGUCAAACGUGCUGUACAGAUUUUGAAAACCAUGCGUAACUCUGGUGUCCAGCCUGAUGUUGUUGCGUAUACAGCAGCUAUUAAGGUUUGUGUAAAACAGAGGGAAUUGAAUUUGGCAUUUUCGUUAUUUGCAGAAAUGCAGAAAUAUCAAGUACAACCAAAUAUGGUAACAUAUAACACACUUCUGAGAGCACGUACCAGAUAUGGUUCCCUAGAAGAAGUGCAACAAUGUUUAUCUAUUUAUCAACACAUGCGUAAAGCAGGGUUUAAACCCAAUGAUUACUAUCUGAAGGAACUGAUAGAGGAAUGGUGUGAAGGGAUAAUACAAGAUAACCAUCGGCCACAAAACUCUAGCAACAGAAGAGAUUUAGGGGGACCUCAAAGUUUACUUCUUGAGAAAGUUGCAUCACACUUGCAAAAGGGUAACACAGAUGCACAAUCUAUAGCUGUUGAUGUUCGGGGCCUCACAAAGGUUGAAGCACGGAUUGUUGUCCUAGCAGUUUUGCGCAUGAUAAAAGAAAACUACCAUUCAGGUGAAUUGGUAAGAGAUGACAUGUUGAUAAUACUGGGAGUACAUGAAGUAGGUGAUAAACAUGAAUUUGAUGUAAAGGAUACAAUAAUCAAACUUGUAAGAGAUAAUUUAGGUCUUGAGAUUGUCUCAUUAGGACCAAAAAUCCCAAGUGAGAUAAUAAGAAUAAAUGUGGAGAAUCCAUUCCAUCCAAAUCCCAACUUAUUAUUAUUAGAUAAAACCCUCCGCCCCCCAAACAGAAGACCAGCGGUUUUUCAGAGGUUGAAGGUCACAAGAAGGUCCUUGUAUCAUUGGUUACAAAAGAAAAUCAAAUCAUAAAUUUUUGUACAGAAUUAAUUGGUCCCUCAAUGUACGAGUAAUAAUUUGUAACACCACUCUAUAAUCCAAUUUAUUGAAUAUAAAUAAAAAGUCAUCUAUCAUAUAUUAUUCAUAUGUUCAUUUACAAUAUUUUACAUAGAGUACCUCAUCCUCAUGUCUCAUGUCUCAUGAGCAACAAGCUUUAAGUAUCUCUUCUAUGUUGGGAUCAUCCCCUGCUUCUUUGUCCUUGUGGAUGUAUGAGAUGUUGCUUAUCCCUGGACCUGCAACUAUGAUUCCACCUUGUUGCCUACACCUUUGGUACGAGUAUCUUUUUCAAAGGAAAGCUUCCAAUCUUGUCGAUAACCUUCCAUGUAUGCUUCUAUGAUCUUCAAAGCUGCCUGUGUUUCUCAAAUGAUUCGCAAAUAAGAAAACUUAAAAACUUGAUUUGAUGAUUAAGCAAAAACAUACUCCGGGUGUAAAAGUGGUUGAAACCCCAGAAACGAAGCUCAGUGCCUUGUAUGAUGCAUAACUAGGAUUUGAAAACAUACCUCCUUUGAAACCAGAUUGCUCAGAGAAUGUUCUUGCCUGCACAUGGUGAAUACAGAUGGAAUUGUCUCAUCAACUUCAUAAAACACUUGUCAUGAACCCGAAAUCAAAAGUAACAUGAUCAAUACACACACACACACACCUGAUCAACACUACCAGGUCCAAUCAAGACAAGCGCCACACCUGAAGCAUCCAUCGUAUCCUGAUUGAAACGCGAUUGAGGAAAAACUACAUGAAUUUGAUCAUCGUAUGUCUAAAAAGGUGUAAGAUUCAGUUCGUAAAAUCUGAAUACCUUCUUAGCAACAAGCAUAUCAGCUCGUCUGCGACAAAGGACACAUCUGCAAUUCAACACGUAAAGCAGUUGGAUUAGGGCACUGUAUCCUUGUGUAUAUGAAUUAGGGCACCAAAUUCGCGCUACGAUUUCUCCGAUAAUCGAAAAUUCUAUAAGAUGAUAUGUCAUAUGCAUACCCGAAAUGACGAGCGAAUGCAACGACAGCCUUCCGAUCCUUCCAUAAAUCAGAAAUCAAAACCGAAUUCCCAUUCAAAUCAAACACCUCUACUCUCUCCAACAGACUGCCCGUUUCUUCGCCAAUUCCAAUCGAAGAUUCAGCAGUUCCUGCGCCAUUAAUAUGCCAAAUUACAUACCUUGUGGAUUAGUACGUGAAUACAAGGGAGAGGAAUAAAACUUGCCGGUUGAGCUGGAGACGGCGGCGGAGACACGGCGGCGAGUAUGUGAUGAAGAAGCGAGGACCGUUUUGUUGGCGGUGACGGAGGGGGAGAGAGUGAGAUUAUAAGUACAACUACUACUUGGACAACUUGGUGGCGAAUUUUUAGCAGGAGAGAGGUAAUUACGAGUGAUCGGAGCGAUUGUUGAGAGAGUAAUCGCCAUUUUCCGUCCGAAUGUGUUCUCGCCGGAGAAACGAUAUCAAUUCUAGCCGUUGAAGGUUCGUUGACUCUCGUGGCGUAGGUCGUUACACGUAGCCCUCGAUUUUGGGAAGAAUAUUAUUUAAUCAAAAAAUAAAAUCAAAUUUUAUACUAAUGUUAUUUAAUCAUCAAAUUUUUAUCUUCUAAUCAUUUUAAUAAGUUGAAAUAAAAUUCUCUCAAAAAACUAUUAUAUAUUUAUGAACAACUUUAAUAAAAAAAAUAAAAAAUCACUUUUUUCUCUAAAUAAAAUCAAACUCUAAAAUACAAAAGUAAUUAUCUAAA